ACGUGCGACAAAGAGCCGGAUAUACAUUUUUUGCUCGUGAAGUUUGUAUUUCAGUAUAACGGUGUUUUUUUUUUUGGACAUGAUGACUGACAUAGAGGCCAGUCUUUCCAUGUCUAUUGAUCUUUCAUCAAUCAUUGAAACGGCUGUGAGGGUUGCGGUGUGCUCUGUGCUUAAAGAGAUUCAAAGAUUCAUCGGCAAAGAUGUGACCGAGCUGCGAGCAGCUCUUUCUAGAAAGGAGUGCGAGAACGAAAAGCUUCGGGCACAACUGGAACUAGCGAGACGGCAGCUGAGAGAUCGGACGGGCUCCGAGAAAAGGUCUAUAUUAAAGGGCGACCCGUCAUCCUCGUCUUCGUUACAAGACGCGAGUGGGAAUAAUAAUAGCUCGCAUAGUGACACAGAUGGAGAGCCAAGCGGGCUGGGCUUGGAACACGGCUCAUCAAUUUGGAGUCAUCCCUGGAACAGUGACGCUGGUAGUGAUAUACAACAUAACUUUAUAGACCCACUACAGAGCACAGAGUCAAAACGUGACUUUACAUCAGAUGUGCACUGCAGUCUAGACGCUGCAGAAACAGACACGGAGCCGAAUGCAACGAGUGAGCCUUUGGACACGAUCCCUGACCCUGUGGCAGUGACAACAGUCUCCAUUACAUCUCGUGGCGAAAGUACAGCAAGCAAUGUUAAUCUGGUUGAUGCCCAUACUACAAGGGAGCUGAGACUCGUCCAGGUGAAAGAGGAAUUAUCUGAUGGACUGGCUUCCUCCACCGCACCUCGGCUCUCGCAUCCUGAUAAAGAACAGCCCUAUAUCUGUGGUGAGUGUGGCAAAAGCUAUUUAUGGCUAAAUAGCUUGAAAAAGCACCAGAAGACCCAUCAACGAAUACACACACAAACUACAAACACAGGGCGGCACCGCUGCACAGACUGCUCCAAGACAUUCAGUUACCUCUCCAGUUUGAAGAAGCACCAUCUUAUCCACACGGGGGAGAAGCCUUACCACUGCGGGCUCUGUGGGAAAAGUUUCCGACAAGUCCAGCAUCUGAAGGAGCACUGCAAAACCCACGAGGACAGCAAGCCCUUCCGUUGCGGGGAGUGCGGCUGGGGUUUCAAUAACGGGUCCAACUUCAAGCGUCACCUUCUCAUUCACACACGACAGAAGGCAGAAUAGAUUAUAGAUAUUCCGAUGUAAUCUUACAAGUUUUUCGUAAAAAAAUAUUUCCCAAUAAAACAUAUUGUCUCCACUUUCCAAGAAGUCAGUGAUAUAUUAGCCUUAUUCGUUAUGUUUUCUGCAUCCACUUAACCAGCCCUGUAUGUAAAUUUGGUGAAUUUCACUGCAUUAGAGAAUCAUGUUUGCUUGAUCCAAUUCUGCGUCAGAACUGCGUUUUGGUACAGCAGUUCCUUUGUUGUAAAAUGUAAGGAAAUUAGGAGCACCAAAAAACUGGGCAGUGGAAUUUUCACAUACAGGCCACACUUUUUGAUGUUCUAAUAAUCAUAAACAUUGCUGUAUUAAUGGUGUCUGAGUAGUGAGUGUCAUUGAUGUAAAAACUUUUUUUUUUAAAUCGGGCUUAUGUAUGUAUGGUUAUUGUAAAUAUAUGGCCGUCAUCUUUCACAUGGUAUUUGUCUUUCAUGAUAUACCAGAAAUAAUGAGAUAUUUUCCCCAACAUGGCAAGCUUCCUCUUUCAUUUGAAAUAAAUGAUCAAUGUUUUUA